AGUAUUAACUUACCUUGUAAAAUGCCGGAACGCGUUCAUGAAGAGUUUGACGAAUUCGAUAAGCUUCUUGGCGAGAUACCUCGAGCUACUGUGACCCCAAACACUGAAGAAUUUGGUUUCUUUAAUCCUUCCAAGAACCAGAAAAAUCUCUAUACAGCUCUUGAUAAUGGUACAUUUCAUAAUACAUUAAGUGAUGAAAAAUAUGGUCCAAGAAGGGUUCAAUACAAUCUUUUGGAUGAUCAAUCAUUCGCGUCUGUGUUUCAAGAUUUUAGCAUCAAAGAUAGGCCGAUCAUCCUAUCACCAACGCCGCCUUUGGUUGAUUCUUCAACAGCCUUUAAUGGGACUGAAUAUAACGGUCAACAAUUUGUAGCGAUCCCUAUGAUGCCGAAUCAACAGCAGCUGUUUUUCCAUCCUUCACAACAGAAGCCCGAGUCUCAUGUUACUUGGAGAAAUCUUGAAAGAGAACUUAAUUAUCAUCCAUUUCAUAUGAACCAAUUCUGUAAGAAUGCACCCAAUGAAAGUCAGCAAGCUGUACCACCUUCGGUAACUAGAUUCAUAAGCCAUGCUAAUGGUAUGAAUGGGUCAAACCAAAAGGUUUCUGACAAGAUACUCACAUGGUCACGUGGAGUAAGCCGAGACCCUCUUGGAUCUCUAAAGUUUGGUAGCUUUGAACGAAAAGAGACUGUUUCAAGUGUCGUGAAGCAACCGUUACCAAAGUCUGAUGAUCUAGGGGACAGAAUAUAUAGCAUGGCUAAAGAUCAACAAGGAUGCCGUUCAUUGCAAAAGAAGUUUUCUGAAGGGACCCGGGAAGAUUUGGAGAACAUUUUCCGAGAGGUUAUUGUGCAUAUUAUCGAGCUAAUGACAGAUCCGUUUGGAAAUUAUCUUGUUCAGAAGCUGCUGGAAGUGUGUGACAAGCAUCAACAGAUGCAGAUUCUUCGUGUAAUUACCAGAAAGCCUGGGGAUCUUGUUAGGAUAUCGUGUGAUAUGCACGGGACUCGUGCUGUUCAGAAGGUCGUUGAAACUCUUAAGACUCGUGAGCAAUGUUCGAUGGUUGUUUCUGCUCUGAAGCCUGGAAUCAUUGGCUUGAUGAAGAACAUGAAUGGCAAUCAUGUUGCACAACGGUUCUUGCAGUACCUAAAACCUGAAUUCAAUGAGUUUCUUUUCGAAGCUGCAACUAUGAAAUGCAUAGAACUGGCAACAGACCGGCACGGGUGUUGUGUCCUUCAGAAAUGCCUGAGUCAUUCUGACGGUGAACCAAGACAGCGUCUGGUUCGUGAAAUCACUUCAAAUGCUCUUAUUCUUUCACAAGAUCCAUAUGGGAACUAUGUUGUACAAUAUGUAUUUGAGCUUCAAGUUCCAUGGGCGACAUCAGCCAUUCUUGAUCAACUGGAGGGUAACUAUGGUGACUUAGCAAUGCAGAAAUACAGCAGUAACGUUGUUGAAAAGUGCCUAAAAUAUGCAAGAGAAGAACGCCGUGUUUGUGUUGUCAAUGAGCUGAUGAAUAAUCCUCGUUUAGAUCAAAUCAUGCAGGAUCCUUAUGGAAACUAUGUUAUCCAGGCUGCACUACGUUCUUCAAAGGGAGCUCUACGUGAAGCAUUAGUCGAGGCAAUAAAACCCCAUGUACCUGCACUACGCACUAGCCCGUAUGGUAAAAAGGUUUUGUCAAGUAACGGCCUCAAAAAAUAAGUUAACUUGGUUCAAGAUACUGUUUGUAGUCACUGUAAGGCAGUCGUCUGUUUAUGGAGGAGUUCUUAUAGCUUGUUUGCAUUUGAGAUAGAAAUAAAGAAUUUUCUAAAGAUACUAUAGGCCAUUAGUGCCUUAGUGGCUGGGAUGACUUGUAGAUGUUGUGAUUGUGCAGAAGACUAGGUCAGGGGUAAGCUGCUCCUUGUGCCAAACUACGGCAUGGGUGAGUUAUUGAUACCAGAAAGGUUUGGCCAUCCAUUCUGUGGUUUGUGGUUCAGCUAUAAGUAGUUUUCAAGGUUCUUUUAUUUGUGCAGCUGUGAUAAAUCGGCUUUCGAUUAGUGUAUGCAGGGUAGGCAUACGUUAGCCGAGGUGCUCGUUUGAGCCUGUAUUUGGGGUUUCUUUUGUUUGUCAUUGAUUUUUGUAGAACUAAAACGUUUAGAGGGGUAACUUAUUUUUUGAAUAAUAUAUUCAAUUUCGAUUU